UUCGGUAUCUUUCCUUAUGUAUAUAAUGUGAGUUUCUCGUUCUGUAAUUGUGUACGUUUUUGUUAAGAGUAAAGAAAUUUUUAAAAUAUUCAGGCAAGGAAUUAUUAUAAAAUUCAAACAUAAAUUGUCCAAUGCAUAAAUCGUUGAUCUGAUGAAGGUUUAGCAAUUUCAAUUUUUUAAACAAUGGGGCAGAGUUUGCAUCAUACGAAGAAUGUGUGAUUAUUCUAAUUACUUUUUUUGGAGUUUACAUACUUUAUCUAAUCUUGUUGGAUAAUUAUUUGCCCAUACAAUAUUUCCAUAAUAUAGGUAUGGAUAAAUUAAUGUAUUAUAUAAAGUUCUUAGUAUGUUGGAAUUUAAGAAAUAACGCGCUUUGCAAAUUAUUCCUAUUGACUUUGAUAUUUUAUUUGCAAUGUAGUUAAUGUGUUGAUUCCAAUUUAAAUGUUCGUCUAUGAUUACUCCUAAAAAUUUUGUUUCCUUAACUUGAGUUAACUGACAAUUAUUAAGAAAUAUUUUAAAUGGGUUUAAUAUUUUUUUCUUUGUCGAUUUAAAAACUAUAUAAUUUGUUUUUUUUAUAUUCAACGUAAGCUGAUUGUCAAUUAACCAUUGACUUAUUUUCUGCAUUUCUGCAUUGAUUGUUUUAUUUAAUUGCUCAACAUUUUCACCAGAGUAGAAUAGAUUAGUGUCAUCUGCAAAUAUUAUAAAUGAUGUAAGCUGACUGCUAAAAUUGAUGUCGUUUAUGUAUAUUAAGAAAAGUAGUGGACCCAAUACUGAUCCCUGUGGUACACCACAGGAAACCAGCUUUGCAUCCGAUAUUGUAUCAUUGUAUUUGACGUGUUGCAUACGACCAGAUAAAUAGCUUUCAAACCAUUUAUAUACUACUCCUCUUAUUCCAUAGUGUUCUAGUUUUUUAAGUAAAAUUUGAUGGUUAACUGUAUCGAAUGCUUUUGACAGAUCGAGGAAUAUUCCAAUUGUUAUUUUAUUAUUAUCAAUUUCUUGUUUAAUUUUUUCUGUCAAUUCAAUUAUUGCAAGUGUUGUUGAUCGUUUUUUUCUAAAACCAUAUUGUUUUUCAAAGAAAAUGUUAUUUUUCUCAAUAUAUUGUAUUAUUCGAGUGUACAUAACUUUUUCUAGUAUUUUGGAAAAACAGCUAAUCACUGAAAUCGGCCUAUAAUUACAAACAUUGUCUUUCUUUUCACUUUUGUGUAUUGGUGUAACCUGUGAUACCUUCAGCUGAUCAGGGAUUAUUCCUGUUGUGAAUGUUAAAUUGAAAAUAUGACACAAUACACUGCUAAUGCAUGUUCCCAUAUCUUUAAUCACUUUAGGAUGAAUUCCGUCAUAGCCAGGGCUUUUUUGGGGACAUAGCUCUCUUAUGAUUUUAUCGAGUUCACUCGUUUUUAUUCUAGUGAGAAACAAUGAUUUUGGAUAGUUUGAUUUUAAAUAUUUGGUAUAAUUUCUAGUGUUGUUUUUGUUGAAUUUUUUUGCUAAAUUUUGUCCAAUACCUGAAAAGAAAUUAUUAAAUUCCUUUGCUAUUUCAUCUUCAUUUGAAAUAGUUGUGUUCUCUUUUUUGAAUGAUUCAGGAUACGAAGAUUUACAUUUAUUUUUGCUUAAUAAAUCUUUAAUUACAUCCCAUGUUUGUUUUAUGUUGCUUUUGCAGUUUUCUAUUUGUUCGCUAUAAUAUUUUUUCUUCGCAAUACGUAUUAUAUGGAUUAACUUAUUUUUAUAUGAUUUAUACUUCAUGCAAUUUACCGUAGUCGGUUGUUUUAAAAACUUCCUAUAUAAUUUUUCCUUCGUGUGUGAGGAUUUUUUAAUCCCCUCUGUAAUCCAUGGAUUAAUUUUCCUAUAUUUCUGUUUUAUUUUAAUAGUUUUUAUUGGGAAAUGUUUAUUGUACUUUUCUUGAAAUAUAUUAAUAAAUGUGUUAAAUGAUGAUUGCGGAUUAUUAUCACCUGUGACCUUGCUCCAAGUUUGAUCUCUUAGCUCUUUUUGAAAUUUAGCAAUUCUAUCCUUAUUAAUCAUUCUGACUUUUUUCGUCUUAAUGUUUUUAUUAUUUGUUAUUGACCGUGUUUCUAUUAGAAAAAUGGGCAGGUGAUCCGAAAUGUCGUUAAAGAGUAUCCCAUUUGUUUGAAUGUUAUUUUCUGUAUUUGUGAAAAUGUUAUCAAUUAGUGUUGCUGUCGUGUUUGUUAUGCGGGUAGGUUUUUUUAUUGUCGGAAUUAGCGAUGACGAAAACAUCUGAUUUACAAAUCUAUUUGAGUAGUCACAAUUGCCAUAUUUAAGCAAGUCGAUGUUAAAAUCUCCCAUAAUAUAGCAUUCUUUAUGUUCUGCCGUGAUUUUGCUAAGCAUAGCCUUAAGUUUAUUUUCAUAAUCAUUAUAUCUAUCAUUUGGAGGUCUAUAAAUGACCCCCACAAUUUUAUUUUUACCUUUAAUGUUUUCAAUUUCUAUAAAAAUACUUUCAAUAUUUUCACUUAAAUGUUCCUUAUUUAUGUCAUCUCUUAUUUUAAUUUUUAGACAUUCUUUAAUAUAAAUGCAAACUCCACCUCCAAUUUUCGCUUUGCGAUUGAAUUCGUAAAUCUUAUAGCCUGGUAUAUUAAAAUCAGAGACGUUACAUGAUUCAUCUAGCCAUGUUUCAGCAAUAGCUAUUACGUCAAAUGAGAAAUUCAGUAAGUUUAGGUAAUUUGUCAAUUUUUCGAAUUUAUUACGUAAACUUCGAAUGUUUAGACUUAAAACUGAAAAUGAGUUUUCCUUUACUAUAUUACUUGUUUUAAUCAGAUCAAUAAAAUCAUUAGUUAAAUAGUAUUUAGAUUCAUUAUUCUUAUUGUCAUUGCGGUAAUACAUAUCUGGGUUCAAUCUGUCUGUAAAUUCAUUAUGCAAAGUAGUUCUUGAGUUGUUCAUAUUAAAGGGAUUAAAUACUAAAUUUUCUAGUCUGUCUUUAUCCUUUUCUGUUAAAUUGGUUGCUAGAUUAUUAACUGCGUCAUUAAAAUCUUGAGUAUUUAGGUGAUUAAAAGGAAUUUCUCGAAUGCACGUUGCGCAAAUAGAGUUGUUUCCGGCUCUAUAAUUCUUCAAAUUAUUUUUAUCAAUACCUAGACAAUGCGACUUGAUAUGAUAAUUCUUACUACACAUCGAACAUUCGAAAUAAUUAUCUUUUAUGAUAAUGCGACUACAUGUGUCACAAUUUUUCUGUACUUUCAUUGCAUUCAUAGCCAUUUGCAUAAUCUUAUUUCUGCAUGCUUAUUUAAUAAUCACGAUUAUAAUCAUAAAGUUUAUACCUAUAAAACUAUACUUAUCUUCCGUAAAUUUGUCCAUUGAUAAACAGUUUAUCUUUGACUAAAAAUGCCUUAUGUCCCUUAGAUCUUGCAUCCUUGAACACCGGGUAGAGCUUCUUUCUUUCUUCUUGGAUCUCUUUGGGAAAUUGGUCACUGAUUCCGACACCGAUAUCUUUAAACUUGUAUGCAUUCCGCUUAAUCAUCUCUUUGUCUUGGAAUCUCAAGAAUUUUACAACAAUUGGUCUCGGUUUCGUUCCAUUUCUAUUUCUGCCAAGCCGAUGAGCCCGUUCAAUCUCAAUUUUUUCUGUUUCACUAUUAAGUUCCUUGUCCCUCAAUAGACUUUUAAUUUUGUUUUCAACCUCUUCCUUCUCAUUUGGUGUAUUUUCUUCUCUAAUAUUGUAAAAUAUCAGAUUACUUCUCAUGGAAUGCGCUCUCAUAUCAAUAAUUUCCCUUGCCAAUUUUGCCUUCUCUUCUUCGAUCCUUCCGACCUUUUCCUCUAUUACUUUUAAUUUACUGUCUUGUACUGCUUGUACAGAUUGUACAGAUUGUACUUCGGCCACCACCUCCUGUUGAUAAGUCAGCGAGUGUUUUAGAUCCUUGAUGUCCGUGUCAAUGCUGUUGAGUCGUGUCUCGAUUAGGUCAAGCUUAUCGAGUUUAUUCAAUUUUUCACUCAUUUCACCGAUUAUUUUCACAAUUUCACUUUCGUUUAGGUUUUCCAUCUUCUGUUGUUUACUUUUUGGUUUAAUUGGAGUACUAGUUAAAGAAUUAUUUAACUCUUUCACGGAGCGUUUUUGUUUUGAUCCCAUCACUGAUACCUGAUAAUAAUAUAAUAAUAAUCUAAAAAAUAUAAUCUAAAAUUACUGCUACGUUUUCCAGUAUGUCUUUUCAUUCUGCUCAGUCGUGGCUUCAUAACUGCACGCUUGUGCUAAAAAAACUUCACAUGUUUUUGUUUUUAUGGUUCGCGAUUUUCUACUAUCGUUAUAAUUAGUCGUUCACAUUCUUAAGAAGCUUUAGACUAUUGUGAUUGUGUUCACAACAAUAGAGAAACUGACAAUGUCUUUCUUGUCGUUUGUGUUUGCUGAUAUAUUUGCUGAAUAUUAAUGAUAUGUAUAUAUGAUUUGCUACGAAUACAGUCAAGAAUCGCUUGUAUCUUCUAAAGUCAAAAAUGAAAAAUCGAACACCGUCAAUCGAUGCGGAAUAUUGCUUAGAAUAAUUAUGUAAAGUUUCAUUCCGAUCGGACAAGUAAUGACGGAGCCUUAGGGUUUUUUCAAAGAGCGUCGCCCCCUAACAACAACAAGAACAACAACAACAACAACAACAACAACAACAACGACAACAGCAGCAACGACAACGACAACGACAACAACAAGAUUAGCAGCGAUUGGGGACCAGUUCCUGGUCCAAAAAUACCACAUUUGGAAUAAACUAAAAUUCAGGAUGGACAUGGUCUUAAAUCAGGCUAACAAUUUUAUUAUUAAGGUUUGACUUCCUCGUGUCUCAAAGUUUUGAAAUUGGCAGAUGUUAGUAUUAUGAAAUUUCACUCUUUUCAUAUUUAUACCUUUCCACCUUGCGUAUUUAUAGGUACGUCCAGCGAGCACCAGGAAGGUCAAGAUGACUCGAAGCUGCGGAUUAUUCCAUGUCUUCCUGCUGUUGCCGCAAGUUUACCAGAGAAAUGCGAAGGAGGAGGAUGCUAUGUGUUCGUCCGGUAUCUGAUUGAUUGGUUUCUCUUCAUUGUCUCGUUUCCAUUCCUAUGCAUGUUCACUUGGACAAUACCUAACUGCUCUGAAGCGCACAACAGAAAGUACUUUCUCGCCUCGUUCUUUGCCUCAAUUCUAUGGAUUGCCAUCCUCAGCUUUGGCAUGGUCACACUCGUUGGUCGAGUGGGAUGUAUCUUGAACAUUGAUAAGUUUACUAUGGGUUUGGUAGUUGUAGCAAUUGGAACCAGCAUUCCGGUAAGUCAUCUGUAUUGCUAAUUCGUUAUCGCGAUAAAGGUUUAAUUGAAAAAACUCUUAAAGUUAUAUACAAAACUCAUUUACCGAUUUUUCGUGAUGUAUCUUACUUAGUUCUCGAGAUAUUAUCAUUGAAAACGAUGUGCUGCCGGCCACCAUAUCUUGGAUAUUAGGUCAAAUCAGGGUUAGCCGCAUAAAACUACUCCUGAGUAACAGUGGUGUAGUCUUAAAAUGGAAGGCUUUGAGAUAUGACUGGCGCCGGAAAUAUUUUAUUCCUGGUCCCUGAAACACAAUUUCCAGGGGUUAGUUGUACGAAGGCUGGAUAGCUCUAUACAGGGGCGGGCACGUGCCCCUCCCCCCAUUUUUUCAAAGGACCAAAAUUGCCCUUUUUGUACAAUCUAAUGUCACUGUAAAAUUUAAUACCUCGAAGGUGCCCUCUUUGUUUGGAAAUUUCGAUGUUUUUAAAAACAUUUGGUCAAAAACGUUCAUUGCAUGUGGCAAUUCGGUAUGGUAUGACUAGACAAUUUAUCUCCCCCCUCCCCAACAUUUCCGGGAAAAAAUUUAAGGUGCUCUUUUCAUUAUCCAAAAGUGCCCCUAGAUUAAGCCAGUGCCCUCCCCCCAAUCCGGCUUUUGAUGCUUCCUACGCCCCUGGAAAAGUGAUAAAACGACGAAUAAGGAGCCCACGAUUAAUAAAACUUUAACUCUUUUACACUAAAGUUUAAUUUGAGUUAUACCAAUCGAUAGCCGAUUUAAGAAAGUUUUGCGGCGAAAUAAUUUAUAAUGCCGCGUGUGGUAUUAUAAAUAUUUCGCCAAACACAAGUGUGAUUUUUCAUUAAUACUGCGGAACAAGUGUAAUUUCCUAUUAAAAUCAUUUUAUAGUCAAUUUUACACGAGAAAUCAAUGAGAAGAAACAAUGUUUCAAGCGAGCACAGCCAUUUGAAAGUAAUCUCUGAUAAUUUUCAAUUCAUACCUGUGAAAAACUGAUCCUUAUUUCUUCUUUUUUCAUUAUUUAAACAUACUUAAUUUAAAGAACUCAUUGCCUAUCUUAUCAUUGCAAAAUAAGACUAUAAGAGCUCAGAAAAUACAAAUACUCACGUUGUUUAUUUCAGAUUUUGUGUUUAAUGCACGCAGGGCUCGUAUUCAUGCCGAUUAAUCUUGAAUCGGCACACUGUGCCGAUUGCUAUGUUUCAUUGACACGGUUUUUAACCAAUCAGAAUUAAUCAAUUAAUUAAAAUGAUAUUAUAAUAAUAAUUCGCCCAAAGAAUUCUAUACUUUGCCGUUCGUCUUUGGGAUCAAAUGUUAAGCUUCAACUGCUUAAUGACAGAACUGCUCUAAUCUAGAUACUAUACAUGACAAAAGCACUUAAAAAAUACGAUAAUGAAAAUUCUAUUUCUAGGAUGCACUAAGUUCCAUCAUAGUUGCACGUGAUGGUUAUGGUGAUAUGGCCGUUUCGAACGCCAUUGGUUCGAAUGUAUUUGACAUCGACCUGGGUAUUGGUCUACCGUUUGUAAUCAAAUCUCUUAUUGAUGACCUCAACCCUAUUCGACUUCUCAGUGAGACAGACCAGGUAAAUUCAUAGAUCAUAACUUGGAUAGCCUGCGAACUACGAAAAGAAUAUAUCACGUCCGACCGCGGGCAUUACAGUGAAGUACGUCGACAAUAAUCGACAUACUCAUGUAGAUAAUUAUUCUGAAGCUUAGUUACUUUUGUUCUAUUCUAUUCUGACUAGUACAAUAUUAACUAGGCAUUUGAAUGAUCUAAAGUUGUUAACUGGGUAAAAACCAUUGUAAAAACAAACUUUAGCCUAUCGCGUCAAAUUUGUAUAUACAGGGUGUCUCAAAAAAACCCAAAAUCAUUGAAAUUGACGUAUUGUUCGAUAUUCAAUGCCCUAGCACUAAGUUAAUCCCACGAGUGCAUAAAAGAUUGACAUAACUGCUAUAAUGAAUGGUAAUACUCAGCGUAAACUUGUUAUGUCAGGCAUAAAGUACUAAACCGUUUUAAAUUCCCAUGAGCAAACAAACUUUUAAUUUAAUUUUAAUUUAAUGAAUUUGUCACAAUUACAACAAAGGACAAUUACAUAUUUACAGAAACAAUGACAGGAGAAGGUAACAGGAGAAUUUCCCAAUUGACAACCACAAAAGAUAUUUUAAUUUUUUAAAACAAAUUAAUCACCCUGUCAAAAUCCUUUGUGUUACGGCAUUGAAAUUCGAACAAUACGUUAUUUCAAUGAUUUUGGGUUUUUUUGAGACACCCUGUACAUACAGGGUGUCUCAAAAAAAAACAAAAUCAUUGAAAUAACGUAUUGUUCGAAUUUCAAUGCCGUAACACAAAGGAUUUUGGCAGGGUGAUUAAUUUGUUUUAAAAAAUUAAAAUAUCUUUGUAAAGUGAACGUUUGUUUGCUCAUGGGAAUUUAAAAAUGCUUCGUAAAUUGUAAUAUGCGUAAUAUGCAUUCGUGGGUUUAGUUCUUUAUGCCUGACAUAACAAGUUUACGCUGAGUAUUACCAUUCAUUAUAGCAGUUAUGUCAAUCUUUUAUGCACUCGUGGGAUUAACUUAGUGCUAGGGCAUUGAAUAUCGAACAAUACGUCAAUUUCAAUGAUUUUGGGUUUUUUUGAGACACCCUGUAUAUAGAGCUGAAUAUAAUUUGUUUGACAAUAUAUUUAAUCGUGAAACCUUUCUGUCUAGGCAAUGUAUGACAAUGACGAGAUGGCAAUUAUUCCCCACGUGAAAUUUGGUUUUAUACUUCUAUUGAUCUUGUUUAUAUGCAUCGGCGUAUUUGCCUUAGUCAAGUUCCGUUUGGGUCGAACCAUUGGCUCAUCAUUCUUCCUCAUGUACAUUCUAUUUGUAUCAUACGCCUAUAUACAGGACCUGCUGUGCGAGCACGAUUGCUAG